AUGGAUCGACGUACGAGUAAUGUAUGGAGCCAUUUUACAGUUAUCGAUGAAAAAAACAAAAUUUCUAAGUGCGAUAUGUGUUUAAAAAAAUAUUCUUUUAAAUCUACACUUACAAAUCUUAAAAAACAUUUAGCUGGUGUUCAUUCAAUUCAUAUGUCUUCAAAUAUAUCUACAAACCAUAAUGAAAGUGAAAAUAUUGAUAACCCUGCAACAAUUCCUGAGCCUAGUUCUUCACUGCUAUCUGAACCCAUGUCUGAUAUUGUACCCACUCAAUGCACACCUUCUUCAUCAUCAUCAUCAAAUGCUUUUACCAUAAUGAAAACUUCAGGUUCAAUCCGGAAAAGUAAACAGACAUCUGUUGUUGGUUAUUUGCCAAGAAAACUAACAGUGGAUGCUAAAAAAAAUUUGGAUCAGAAACUUUUAAAACUAUUUGUAAAUGAUUUCCAACCUUUUAAAGUUGUUGAGGAUUCAGGUUUUAAACAAUUUGUAAAAGCACUGAAUCCAAACUAUGAAUUACCAAACCGCCAUGCAAUAUCAAAAGAACUCAUUCCAGCUUUAUAUGAAAAGUGUUUAGUAGAGAUGAAAAGUUUAACAUCAACUGUUGAGAGUGCUUGCUUAACCACAGACUGCUGGACAUCUAGAAAUAAUGAAAGUUUUAUAGCAAUUACUAUACAUUUUAUAGACACCGAGUUUGAAUUAAAAUCAAUACUUUUAGGAUGUCAUUCGUUCAACUUGAAUCAUACUGCAAACAACCUUGCCCAAGAAAUUGAACGUGUAUUAAAUUCAUGGAAUUUGUACAACAAAAUAACAUUUGCAGUUUCUGAUAAUGCCUAUAAUAUUAAAAAUGCCCUUAAUAUGUUAGGUUUUAAAAAUAUGGGUUGUUUUGCGCACACCAUGAAUUUAAUAGUACAGUCAGCACUCAAAUUAGAAGAAGACCUAAUAAACAAAAUAAAAAAUAUAGUUUCUCAUUUUAGAAAAAGUACGGUAGCUAAUAAUGCUUUAAAAACCUACCAAAUUAAUAACGGUAUAAAAGGACCCAAAAAAUUGAUUCAAGAUGUCCCAACUAGGUGGAAUUCCACAUAUUAUAUGGUUUGUAGAUUUGUUGAAUUAGAGACAUCGAUUCGAGGUACUUUGGGCUUGCUAAAUAAUGCUCCAGAGAAUCUUAAACCAGAAGAAUGGGUUAUUUUAAAAGAUCUCAUAAAAGUAUUGAAGCCAUUCGAAGAAGCUACUAAAGCUAUUAGCGGUCAAAAAUACAUGACAGCAUCACUAGUGAUUGUAAUUGUACAGGGACUCUUCAAAGUUUUUAAUAAUUUAUUAAAAAUGAAUUUGACGCAGAGUCUUACAAGUGGUCGAAAAAUUGUUGAAAAAACAUCAGAAAUUAUUCGCAGCAAAUACAUUGAAGAUGAUGGAACACAUGAAUCAGCAACUUUGGUAGAUGUUACACAUUCCAAUAGUGAACAGUUAUCUAUUUGGAAUGAUAUUGAUAGUUGUGUCGCCAAAUCAUCACCUAUGGGAACUGCGAAAUCGAGAGCUAUUGUGGAAGUCCAGCGUUACCUAGAAGAUCCAAUUAUUACAAGAUGUCAGGAUCCAUUAAAAUGGUGGAAAGAACAUAGCUAUAAUUAUCCACAUUUGAGUGUUUUGGCCAAGAAUACAUUGUGUCAUCUAGGUACAUCUGUACCGUGUGAACGAAUUUUUUCUAGUGCCGGAUUAGUCCUAAAUGAUCGUCGUUGUAGGUUAAAAAAUGAAAAAGUUAAUAUGUUAUUAUUCCUUCAUUACAAUUCAUAG